AUGCCUAAAUAUAAUAAUAGGAAGUAUAAACUUGGCAUAUUUAAAGUGGAGGAGACUGAGAAAUUGAAGAAAUUCGUUGAAAAAAAUGGUGGCAAAAACUGGAAAAGAGCCUCGUAUCAUGUCGGCACGCGAGAUGCAAAACAAUGCAGGGAGAGAUGGUGUAAUCACCUUAUGCCAGGAGUUAAUAAGAGUCGAUUUACACCGGAGGAGGACAAUUUAGUAACCUCCUUGGUUCUUUCUGGAAGCAUGGGAUGGUAUGCCAUUGCGGAGAGAGUGGGAAACGGACGCACUGCUAAUUCAAUUAAAACAAUUGGAAUCGACGCUUAA